AUUCCUUUUAAUAUAUAUUCUACUCUAUGGUAAUGGUAAAUUAUCUACUAUCACUUUAUUUUUAAAGUUUAUCUAAUAUUACUUUAUCCUAAAAGUAAUUAGUUAAAUUAUAGUCCAUGUGCCAUUUAAAGCUCUAUAAUGGAUGAUAUUGUGUUUAUCGGUGAUUGGGUAAAGGAUAGAGUGCUUGGAUCCGGAAGUUUUGGUAUAGUUGUGCUUUGGAAACAUAAAAACAAUGAACAAAAAUUGGCUAUUAAGACAUGUAAAUGGGGCGACGAACUCACCGCCAAACACAGAGAAAGAUGGACUAAAGAAGUUGAAAUGCUGCAAAAUUGUAAGAAUCCGAAUAUAGUAGGUACGAUAGAAUUACCUCCAGAAUUUAUCACUGGUUUAGCCCGUGCGAACCCUUCUAAAUUACCCAUUCUGUGCAUGGAAUAUUGCAGUGGUGGUGAUUUGAGACAAGUAUUAAACAAAGCUGAUGCGUGUUGCGGCUUGAAGGAGGUACAAAUUCGCAAAUUACUUGGCGAUAUAGGAAAUGCAUUGAGAUUCCUUCACCAGAACAAAAUAACUCAUCGUGAUCUAAAGCCUGAAAACAUUGUCAUGCAUGUCGAGGAGGGUAUCAGUACUGAACAAAUUCCUAAGAAAGUGACGUACAAAAUAAUUGACCUCGGCUAUGCUAAAGAAAUUGAUUCGAAUUCCAUAUGCGCCAGUUUUGUUGGUACACUACAGUACUUAGCACCAGAACUUUUUUAUAGCAAAACCUAUAGCAACUCUGUCGACUUUUGGUCCUUUGGAUUACUCGCCUUUGAAAUAAUUUGUGGUACGAGGCCAUUUCUACCUUACAAAGCCCCAGUGGAAUGGAUGCCAUUUGUUAAAAAAAAGAAACAUGAUGAUAUAUGUGUAUUUGAAACCUUCCAUGGUGAUGUGAGUUAUUCAAAUGAAAUAUUCCCUGAAAACCAUAUAUCAAAACCCUUCAAGACAUUAAUUGAGGGAUGGCUAAGGGUAGCAUUAGAAUGGGACCCCAAAUUGAGAGGGAGAGAUGCACCUUCCAAGGUGACCUUUGAUAUUCCAUCUGAAGGGAAAAAUAAUACAACAAGUAAUGUAAUAAUUUACAGUCUUCUUGAAGAAAUACUUACAAAAAGAAUUAUAAAGAUUUUCUCUGUUACAACAAUAUCUCAAAUUGCGUAUGAAAUUGACGAUUCAACCACAAUUUCAACCCUUAAAACAUGGAUAAGUAAGGAUACUAAUAUUCUUAUUGAAAACCAAAUAAUAAUAUCUCCUGCAUCUUACACUGAUGUCGACAAUGAAGAACUUGCAGUGAAUUAUUGGAAUGUAAAUUCUGUUGUGAUGCUAUUUGUAUAUAAUAAAAACCAAAUGAUCGACGGUAAUACUGCACCUAAUGUACCAACAGCGAUCCAAAGAUGUUUGGAGUACCACAAAGCACUUUACAAUUACAAAAAUAGCCAAAAUCUAUACAGAAAUGCUUUCUACUUUGUUAUAACACAAAUGGAUAUAUAUGAGUCUUUAAUAAAUGGAGUUUUCUCGAGAGCAGAAUCUUUGAAACAGGAGAGUAAACAUUUAAUUGUUAAGCAUAACUCAGUGGAUAAGAAUGUUGCUCAAUUUUUGGCCAAAACAGAGUUGGUUAUUAAGAUGAUUGAGCAAGGCAAAAAGCAUAUUGAAAAUUUAAAAGAAAAUUCUGUGGGAACAAAUCUUUUAGGUGGUUUCAGUAAAAUAUUCAAAGACUUUGAUGAUUUGAUCGAAAAAUCGCAAAAAUUACAAAAUGCUUGGUCCCAAUUAUCAGUCAGGUUACAGUCUGCUGCACGACGUAGCAAUGAAGGCAUAUCGGCUGAACUAAAUAGUUUUGUAACCAAAUACAACUAUCAAAAUAUAUUUUCAAAUGCCUACAAAGUAUUUGUAUCACAUAAUAAAAGUGAAUUUUAUAGUGGAAAUAGAGAGAGAGAAAAACAAUGUCCAGACAUAGUUAGGGUUUGUUAUGACGUUCUGAAGCUCAGAAGUAAAAUUUUACAGGAAUUACAGCACCAGCAGUUUAUUUUAAAAUUAAAGGAUUUAAGUAUAGAGUUUGCUAAGAUAUCCGACAUAGUAACAAAGGCUGUCGAUAAUACUGAAAGAUUAAAUGCUGAUCUAUCAAAUUUGGCAGAUGAAUUUACAAAUUGUAUUUGGUCUACUAUUAGUGUUGUAGUGCGAGAUGCAGAUAAUAUGGCUGACCUUCCUUAUAGUGUUGUCUCAUUUCAGAAGAAAGAUUUUAAGAUUGGUGAACCUGUAUCGAGCCAUUGUAUUCCUGUAGCUAAUGGUGAAGUUAACACUGUUAAGUCAUUGGUAACAGAAAGUUUGAAACUAAGACAAAAUUUCACAAGUCUUUGUGAUGAAUUCAACACAAAAAGAAAGUUGCUAAAAGAAGAUAAAUGUGACUUUUCAUUUUUAAAUGAUACUUCCGAAUGAAAAUAUGUCAUAAUGUGUUUUUGUGUGGGCAAUAAUGAUAUUGUUCUUGAUGUGCAAUAA